AUGAUGCUGGCAGCGGAGCUGCGGUGUCACUGCAUCCAGACUGUCGCAGGAUUAAUGUUGCCAAAGCACCUGGCCAACGUAGAAAUCAUUCCUAAGGGCCCACACUGCAAUGCUGUGGAAAUCAUAGCAACACUGAAGAACAGCCAGCAAAUCUGUUUAGAUCCCCAGGCCAAAUGGGUGAAGAUGAUAAUUAACAGGAUCCUACACAGGUGUGCAAGAGAUCACGACAUCAUCACUGACUACUAA